GUGUAUAAUACUUCAGGUUUCAAUGUCCGCUUAUAGAUUGAGUUGCAUCGGGAACGCGGAAUGGGGACCCCAUACCUCCAAUCGUUCCAGCUCACUAUUCAACUCGGAGGCCAUCGAACAGUUGCGCGAUAAGUGGACCCACUUCUUUUUUAACCUGCCAAAGGCGCCUCUCGAAUUGCAGCUGGCCAAAGCCCGAGCGAAUCGUGCACUCGAGCUGGUCAGGAGCAAGGAGAAGGCUGCUUUGGAACGGACCGAAUCCUCGCCAAGAAGUAAGUGCCGUCCACUCACUGCUCUGCACAACUCGCCGCGUACCACGAAUCGAAUGAAGCUGAUCAUGGAGACUCGCGUGCGUCCAGCGAUCGUCAAAAAGUCAAAGUCGGAGUACAAUCUAUGUCCCAGUUGUGGGCUUGUCAAGGACUCGAUUCUCAAUCACCAGCACGCCGAGCAGCGACUGAAGAAGCUACUGGCACAGCAUCCCAGUUUGCUGCCAAAACGACAGCAUAGAAGGUCAAACUAUUUGCGUAUGCUAUAACUAGAUAAAUUGCAAUUUUUCUUCC